CUUUUCUCCACCACUGUUUAAUCCUUCCUUCUCUUCAAUGUAAAGUACCAAUAAUAGGCCAUCUGACCUGGUACAUUGCCGACUUAUUACUGAUUUCUGCACUUGUCUAUGUCUACAGCCGCUUUGAGCCUCGAAGUGUCACAGGAAAGACCCCUAAAGCUGGUAGCCGUGAAAUUCUCCAUCAAUCAUAUUACUCCGAGCUGCCCCUCCCCCUCUAAACGGCCCCGCCAUUCUUCACUUAGAUGGCAAGCAUGGGGGAAUAUUUCCCGAUUCAGUAUCGAUAAGUAUACCUAUAUAUAUCUAUAACUUGUCCAGCUUCCUUCUAAUUUGUUUGCACCGGAAAGUCAAUUCCUCCUUCCAAGGUUUAAUUGUAAAGUAAACCUUGCUCUGUCAAUCUUUCAUCUACACCCCUCAACCCCCACCAACAACCUUCAGUCUCUGUGUAGGUAUCACGAAAUAUGGCUGAAGUCACCAUUACGGGAUGGGAUACUCGCGAUGUGCGCUUUCCUACUUCUUUGGAUAAGACAGGCUCAGAUGCUAUGAAUGCUGCUGGAGAUUACUCUGCCGCUUACUGCAUUUUGAAGACUGAUUCCAAGUUCUCCGGACAUGGCAUGGUAAGAGAUCCUUAAAGUACCACAACCUUCAGUUGUUCCUCUCUAACCAUUCAUCUAAUAGACAUUCACAAUCGGCCGUGGAAACGACAUUGUCUGCAAAGCUAUCGACAACGUAGCAGAUCGUAUCAAAGGCCGAACCCUCUCCUCCCUCGUCGAGAACUGGGGUCAAACAUGGCGUUACCUUGUCUCCGACUCACAACUGCGAUGGAUUGGCCCCGAGAAGGGAGUUAUACAUCUAGCGUUGGGAGCGGUGGUUAACGCCAUCUGGGAUCUUUGGGCCAAGACGUUGAACAAACCCGUCUGGAGGAUUGUUGCGGAUAUGUCGCCAGAGGAGUUCGUUCGAUGUAUCGAUUUCAGAUACAUCACCGAUUCUAUAACCCCCGAGGAGGCUAUCGCUAUGCUCAAGGCCGAAGAAGGAGGUAAGCAGAAGAGAAUCCAGGAUGCAUUGGAUAGUAAGGCUGUUCCGGCUUAUACUACCUCUGCGGGUUGGCUUGGAUAUGGAGAGGAUAAGAUGAAGGGAUUAUUGGAAGAAACUUUGGCCAAGGGGUAUCGACAUUUCAAGUUGAAGGUUGGAACUUCGGUUGAGGCUGAUCGAAAGCGUUUGACUAUUGCACGAGAGGUUAUUGGUUACGAUAAAGGAAACAUUUUAAUGGUUGAUGCUAACCAGGUAUGUUUUUUUUCUCCCUAUACUUCCGGCUUAGACUAACAGGCAAUUCUAGGUCUGGUCUGUCCCAGAAGCAAUCGAAUACAUGGGCCACCUCAAAGAGUUCAAGCCUUGGUUCAUCGAAGAGCCUACAUCCCCGGAUGAUAUACUCGGUCACAAAGCCAUCCGUGAAGCCCUCAAGCCUCAUGGAAUCGGUGUCGCAACCGGAGAAAUGUGUCAGAACAGAGUCGUCUUCAAGCAACUCCUGGCCAGCGGCGCCAUCGACGUCUGCCAAAUUGACGCAUGCCGCAUGGGAGGCGUCAACGAAGUCCUCGCUGUCCUCUUGAUGGCCAAAAAAUAUAACGUCCCCAUCGUACCCCACAGUGGAGGUGUUGGACUGCCGGAAUACACUCAACAUCUCAGCACCAUCGAUUACGUUUGCGUCAGUGCAAAGUUGAGCGUUCUGGAAUACGUUGAUCAUCUACACGAGCACUUUGAACACCCUUCCAUCAUUAAGGAUGGGUAUUAUCAGACCCCGAUGGACCCAGGUUAUAGUGUGGAGAUGAAACCUGCGAGCAUGGAGCGAUAUAGCUUCCCUGGCGGAGAGAAUGGAUGGUGGAAGAGUGAAGAGGCGAGACCUAUUCUUGAGGGAAUCAAGAUUUAAAAAGUUUGCUUGCGGGCUUUUUGGAGGGGGUCGGGAAGUUUUCAUGUUGGGCUUCCCGUCCGCAGCGCAACGAUGGGUAUGUUCUUCCUCUUUCUCUGCCUUUGUCUCUCCUUCUGAUAUUGGGAAAAGAGAUCCAAGCUAACCUUUUUGCCCCCCAUAGCAUCCUGUAUAAUUCUUGUAGAAGUUAUCCUAGAGUAGCAUUAGCAUUCAGCGUGGGGUGAUAAACCAAUAUUUCUUUUUUCGUGCUUUUCGUCCAUUAUGCCGCGUAUACUGUACCGAGUACGAGUGGU